AUGAAGCUUUUGCUUGUGCGGCCCGCCGUGCCGGCACCACUUGAUCCAAACUUCUCUCCAUUGGUGCUAGCAAAGCGCAACUACCUCAAGGCGGUGGCCGCUGCCAGUGGUGCAUGGGAUGGGUUCAUGGGCUACCUCAUUCGCGGGAAUCCUGUGUACUUGGAAUGGGCCCUUCCCCGCGCUGAUGGCUGUGCCCGGUACAAGUUGCCCGUGUUCCCGGAAGGCCAUGAAGACCAGGAGGCAUCCAUCUACUUGGCCGGUAUCCUGAUCCAGGAAAUGAUUUGGCAACGAAGUGCCUCAUCCCUCUUUCUGUGUGGUCCGCCGCAUAUUUGUGACGCCCUCCAGAAAGAUUAUUCCAAGGGAGGGAAGUAUGACUUCGAGGUCAUGUCGAUGCCCAAUGUUUGUGGGACGCCUGACAAAGCUUUCGAGGUCAAAGUUGUGGCGUCUGUGGCAGAGUUGCCCGAGGCUAAGGACACGCCACAGGUUUGCGGCAAGGUUGCAAAUGGCUGCCGGCUGGCUUUUGAUCUGGGAAAGAGUGACAUCAAAACGGUGGCUGUCAAGGACGGUGAGGUUGUGUACUCUAAAGAGACUGAAUGGGAUGUGACCAAAGCCGAUCCUGAUUACCAUUUCAAGGCUGUGACGGCUGCGCUCAAGCUUGCGAAGGAAAAGCUGCCCAAGGUGGAGGCCAUCGGUGGCAGCGCUACUGGAACAGUUGGCGCAAACAAUGAGGCAACUUGGUGUGACAUAUUUCCCAACGUGCCGCCGCCCAUCUACAAGCAGAAGGUGGUGGACAUUUUCCAGCGCAUUGCCAAAGAUGUAGCAGGGUCAGUGCCACUCAAAGUCAUCAACGAUGGUGAGGUGACAGCUCUUGCUGCGGUUCAGAAGCUCGAUGGCAAGGGGAACAUCAUGGGCAUUUCCAUGGGCAGCAGUGAGGGUGCUGGCUAUGCAAAUGCUGAUGGCAACCUCAUGGGCUGGAUUAACGAGCUGUGCUACGUCAAGCUGGACAUGAACCCAGAGGCCCCGACAGAUCCCUGGACAAAAGGCUCCCACACAGGCAUCUCUCACAUGUACCUGGGACAACGUGGGGCGACGAAACUCGCGGCAAAGGCAGGCGUGAAAGUUCCGCCCAACUAUGUCUAUCCCCACCCCGACAUGUGCACCAUCAAGCAUGAAGAUCACGCGCAAUGCCUCAAGCUCAUCCAAAAGGCAAUGGAGGAUCCUGCGCAGAAGCCUCAGGUUGAAAAACUGUACAUAACCAUGGGCGUCUAUCUCGGCUAUGCCCUGGCUCAGUACUGUGAGUUCUAUCCCAUUGAUCACAUCAUGAUCCUGGGCCGCGUCAGCAAGGGUGCUGGUGGUGACAUCAUGUUGGGUACCGCCAAGAAGGUUCUGGAGACCGAGUUCCCAGAGUUUGCAGGCAUCCAGUUUCACACAGCUGACGAUCACUUCAAGGCAGUAGGCCAAUGCAUCGCAGCUGCUGCUUUGCCCUCCAUUGCAUCCGCUUAG